AUGACCAUUACGGACUUCACUGUGCGCAAAAAGAGCUACCGCUAUCUCACCACCCAGGCGAGCUACCCAAACCAUGAUUCCAAGGUGGUCCUCGAUGCCUUUGAUCCCACCAAGGACCUUCAGUCGCAAGAUCUAAACAGCCUGGUCGAAAAGGGUGUACAAGGAGGCGCCCCUGCCUGGUACACGGGAUGGCCCAAGGAACAGGUGAACAACUUUAAUUUUUGGCAUCGUCCAAUGAUUAGGUACACAACGGUUGGCAAAAAGAAAGAGCAGCACUUCGAUAAGUUGUACGUGCUGGACCAUGACGUUCUGGAGAACGGGAGCGACCCACUGGCAUUCUCUUGGCCGGCAAAGGCCUUCUCAAAAACCGAUCCGGUUAUGCAAAGAAGGUACAGUAGCAGGACAGUGGAAAGCUACGUACCAAAGAGGUUGUGA